AUGUCGUCCAUAUUUCAAGGCCGCCGUAAACACCAGCGCCCUGUUCCUGUCACGAGCGACCACGAUCCAUGGGGGAUGCAUGGCGACGCGUCCAGCGAUGAGGCGGAGGCCAGCACGUCGACACGCACCGCCGCUGUUAGAAUCAUGAGCACCGUGCGACGGUUUUCGUACAGCACGCCCAAGAAGCGCGAGCGGGGAUACUCGUCGUGUCCAGACAUGUUCGUGUUUGCGUUCCUCCGCAGCAAGAACCUUGUCUGGCCCGAAAUUACGAAGUAG